GUCCCUCUCUGCUGCCUCUUAGAAUUCAGGUGCCAAGGACCUGAGGCAGAGGUGUGUUUGUCUGUAUGAUAAAAGUGAGGGAGUAAGAGAAAAAUUGGAAAUGUCUCAACGCUUUCACCACGGCUCUGUACGAGUCAAGUCCAGCUCGCUGUUUGGUACAGCGUCGGAGGCACUACAAGCAAGAAUCAGCAAGGUUAAGAGGAAGGAUAAGGAAUGCCAGGCUUACUUCAGGAAGGUUAUCAAGAGCACUCUCUUCCAGAUCCUGAUGAUCAUCACGGUCACCACCAACUCCUUCUUACUGGUCUUGGGGACCAACUAUGACAUACAAUUAAGUUUGUUUAGGACCUUUGAGACUUCAGAGAUUUUCUUUGUCAGUGUCUACACCUGCGAGUUCCUCAUGAAGGUCUAUGUGGACCCCAUUUCAUACUGGAAGGAUGGCUAUAACAUACUGGAUGUGAUCAUUCUCAUUAUUAUCACCAUACCCUAUAUCCUCCGCAAGAUCAAGGGAAAUCAUUUUGCGUACCUCCACUUUGCUGAUGGCAUCCAGUCUCUACGAAUCCUCAAGCUCAUCUCCUACAGUAGGGGCAUCAGGACGCUCAUCAUUGCUGUGGGGGAGACCGUCUACACUGUGGCUUCUGUGCUGACGCUGCUCUUCCUCCUCAUGUUUGUGUUCGCGAUCCUGGGAUUCUGCCUGUUUGGCAUGACAGAUAGAGGCGACCUGGAAAACUGGGGGAACCUGGCUGCAGCCUUCUUUACCCUCUUCAGUUUGGCCACGGUUGAUGGCUGGACAAACCUGCAGGAGGAGCUGGACAAGCGGAAGUUUACUAUAAGCCGGGCAUUUACCAUCCUUUUCAUCUUGCUUGCCUCCUUCAUCUUCCUCAACAUGUUUGUGGGUGUGAUGAUCAUGCACACAGAGGACUCCAUCAAAAAGUUUGAGCGGGAUAUAACGUUGGAGAGGAACCUGGCGAUUAUGGAGGAGAAGCAAAUAAUCCUGAAACGCCAGCAAGAGGAGGUCAACAGGCUGAUGAACACACAGAAAACCGAAGGCGAGAACUUCGUUGAGAUGGUGGAGGACUUCAGGAAGACCCUGCGGCACACAGACCCCAUGGUCCUGGAUGACUUCGGUACUAGCCUUGCCUUCAUCGAUGUCUACUUGUGUACUCUGGACAACCAGGACACUACUGUCAGCAAGCUUCAGGAGCUCUACUAUGAGAUCGUGAACGUGCUGAGCCUGAUGCUGGAAGACUUGCCCAAAAAGAGCUCGUCCAGUUCCCUGUGAAUGAGUUACAGGUAGCUGGGAGUGUAUGGCCCUGAGGACUAUGGUGGUUCCAUUAAACACAAGCCCUCAGGGGUGGUUUCUCAA